UGACGUCACAGAUAUUUCCUCCAUGACAGACGAAAGGAAACCAACAAAUUGAGUGAAGAAAUAUGACCCUAAUUUAGCGUGAUAGGAUUAAAUAUUACAAAAUGACAUCUAUGGAAAGUGAGAUGGAGACAUGCUCUUCAUCUGUUGAGCGUUUAGAUAUUAAAAAGGCAGAGACAAUUGCCCACAUAAAACCUGUAGGCUCUGUAGUUGAUGAGCAACCUUCACCCCAAUUUCUCAAAGAACGUGAUGGAUGUGUAAAACUGUUUGAUAAUUGGUCAGAAAAUGACCAAGUGUUGUUUAUUGAACAUCUAUUGUCCCGUAUGUGUCAUUAUCAACAUGGACAAAUCAAUGCAUUUCUCAAACCCAUGCUACAGAGAGAUUUUAUCUCAGCACUUCCAGCCAAAGGAUUGGAUCACAUAGCAGAAAACAUUUUGUCAUAUUUGGAUGCCAAAUCAUUAUGUUCAGCAGAAUUAGUUUGUAAAGAAUGGUACCGAGUGAUCUCAGACGGUAUGCUCUGGAAGAAGCUCAUGGAACGCAUGGUACGAACAGACAACUUGUGGCGAGGCCUUGCGGACCGACGCGGAUGGGGUCAGUACCUGUUUAAACCUCGCCAGGGAGAAGUACCAAAAGAUCACAAAUUCUACCGAAGCCUUUACCCACAAAUAAUACAAGAUAUAGAUAGAAUAGAAACAAAUUGGCGGACAGGUAGACAUACAUUACAACGUAUACACUGUCGAAGUGAAACUAGUAAAGGUGUAUACUGUCUACAGUAUGAUGAUCUGAGGAUAGUGAGUGGACUUAGGGACAAUACAAUAAAGAUUUGGGAUAGAAACUCAUUAGAAUGCAUGCAGGUACUGACCGGUCACACUGGGUCAGUACUGUGCUUGCAGUACGACAACAACAUCAUCAUCUCUGGGUCAAGUGACUCCACGGUACGCGUGUGGGACGUGCGUACAGGAGAAAUGCUGAACACCCUCAUCCACCAUUGUGAAGCUGUACUUCAUCUUAGAUUCUGUGAUGGUAUUAUGGUUACAUGUUCAAAGGAUCGUUCAAUAGCAGUAUGGGACAUGCAAUCUCCAACAGAAAUCAAUCUGAGACGUGUGUUGGUUGGCCAUAGGGCAGCUGUAAAUGUUGUAGAUUUUGAUGAUAAAUAUAUCGUAUCGGCAUCAGGUGAUAGGACUAUCAAGGUAUGGAGUACAUCAACAUGUGAGUUUGUACGGACAUUGAAUGGUCACAAACGUGGAAUAGCUUGUUUACAAUAUAGAGACAGAUUAGUAGUUAGUGGUAGCUCGGAUAAUACAAUAAGAUUGUGGGAUAUUGAGUGUGGCGCAUGUUUACGUGUGCUAGAAGGCCAUGAAGAGUUGGUUAGAUGUAUACGUUUUGAUAAUAGAAGGAUUGUUAGCGGGGCAUAUGAUGGUAAGAUUAAAGUAUGGGACCUGGCAGCAGCAUUGGACCCUCGGGCACCGGCAGGCACUUUGUGUAUCAAAACCCUUGUUCAGGAACAUUCGGGCCGCGUGUUCCGUCUCCAGUUUGAUGAGUUCCAGAUAGUGAGCAGCUCUCACGACGACACGAUACUUCUGUGGGAUUUUCUCAACGUACCCGUCACAGACACACCUGUACGAUCACCAUCACGCAAUGCAUAUAAGUUAGUUCCAUAAAACAAUAAAAACACACAACCUAUGCCUAGAUGUGCCAGCUAACUGUCGAUAAAGAAUGUGUACUGAUCUUUACUUGAAAAGAUAAACUAGUAAAGGAUUUGUGACAAAAGUUGCCUAUAUUAACUAAACUCAUUGAGUGACAGAUUGUGGGCCGAAAUCUCGAUCAUGAUAUACAUAUAACAAGUACCCAUUGAUGAUUUCUGUUGGGAUAUGUUUGAAGAAAUGUUUCAAAUAACUUACCAUGAGAUGUACAGUGUUGCCAAAUACUAGAAUGUUAAUAUCUAAACAUCAGCUUGCUGUGUUGGACUAAGGAAAUGUGCUAUGGAGAAACGAUCAUCAAAAAUGAGGCUUUUUCUGGGAAAAAGAAAUAGAUGUCAAUGAGAAAUUGGAUGCAGAUCUGUUUAAAGGGCAGGCUAAAAAUGAUGAUAAUGUUCUUGAAUUGUAAAGGAAUAUUUGUUCACCAUGUUGAAUUGUUUUCUAUAUAUUUAUUUGUUGUACUUGUGAUAACAUGUGACUUUUUUUCCUACAAUGUUUACAAGCCAAUCUGCACUGUCUUGAAAUUAAGGUGUGGAUUGUAGAGAUUUGGUGAAAUGAGCUUCGGAUAUGGGCAAUGUUUUUACUAGCAAAAUUAUGCUUUACUCUUACUAACAAAUGAAACAGCUUUGUCUGCUUGCCUUUUUUCUGACAGAUCCAUCAUGAGUUAUUGACACAUGGAGACAAUUGUCAACCUUUUUGAAACUUAUUUAUCUUAUUUAUAACUUUGGAUCAUUAUUUGGUUUAAUUUGAAUAGAAGCAGCACUACAAAUUUUUAGCUUUACUGUCAAAAGGCUUGAGCUGUUUAAUGAGCUAUAGUCAGCAUUUGCCAUUAUAAA